AUGCCAUGCGACCCCAAUAUACCAGACCAAGAAUACGAUGUAGAGUUUAUAUCGACAAGUCAAGUUGUGUUAUACGAAGUAAUUGGCAGUCUGGCGUGGCUAAUGAACGUUCACCAUCAUGUUGUGGGUUACUCUACCGGCAUCGUGUUAUUGACGUGGCUAAUGAACGUUCACCAUCAUGUUGUGGGUUACUCUACCGGCAUCGUGUUAUUGACGUGGCUCAUGAACGUUCACCAUCAUGUUGUGGGUUACUCUACCGGCAUCGUGUUAUUGCCGUGGCUAAUGAACGUUCACCAUCAUGUUGUGGGUUACUCUACCGGCAUCGUGUUAUUGACGUGGCUCAUGAACGUUCACCAUCAUGUUGUGGGUUACUCUACCGGCAUCGUGUUAUUGACGUGGCUCAUGAACGUUCACCAUCAUGCUGUGGGUUACUCUACCGGCAUCGUGUAA